AUGAGUAGCUCAAUAGAUGAUGGCUUGGAGUAUCGGAGUUGCAGUCCUGCUCAAGAGAAGAUGUGUCUUGUUGUUGAUGCUGUAGAACGGAUGGUGAAAUUGAUGAAUGGUGAUUGCAACAAUCCAAAGUAUUGUUUGCUGCAGAAAUUAUCAGAAAAGCAGUUGAAAACUUUUGGCAUUGUUUUGGCAGAAUCAGAAUUAGAGGAUGACGAUUAUAUACAUUGUGAUCUUUGCGGAGUUUAUUAUCGAGCAUCAUGUCGACUGCAUCCACUAUUUAUUGUUAGUGAUAGGGAAGUACGUGAAGACAGUAAGCCAAGAGCAGAGCAAACCUUACCCGCUUUUUUUGAAAUUAAAACUUCCAAAAUUCCAAAAGCAGGAUUGGGUGUUUUUGCAAAGAUGGAUAUACCGAUAGGAUUGGUAUUUGGCCCAUAUCAAGGAAUAUUAUUGUCUGAUCCGAAGAAAGCUGAUCAGAACGGUUAUUCUUGGGAAAUCCGUAUAAGUGGGAAACCAUCACAGUAUAUUGAUGGUAGUGAUCCAAGGUAUUCCAACUGGAUGCGUUACAUAAAUAGUUCGAGAUUUGAGAACGAACAAAAUCUGAUUGCUUUCCAAUACAAUGGUUCAGUUUAUUAUCGCGUCUUCAAGCCAAUUAGCGAAGGAAUCGAGCUCCUGGUAUGGUAUGGGAACAAAUACGGCGAAAGUUUGGGCGUGCCUAGUGUAACACCAAGGCAUAAAAUCCCACCGGAAAAAAAUCCUUAUAUCUUCGGCUGA